AAGUGGAAAAGUCAUUUCCGUCCCAUAGUGGAACGUCGGGGAGACGUUGAGCGUUCGCGUUGCUAUGGUAACAGGACAACAAAAGCCAGAGGAGGCGAAGACGGAGGCGCCUCCAUAGCCUGAACCUGCGUCCGGAGAUGUCGGGCAGUGAGUGCAGGUCAGCGAGUUCUAACUCCAGCAGGUCCCGUUCCCAUGUGCGCUACAGAACAAAGGCCUCCAGUUCAGAGGUAGACGAAAGCCUCUUUGGGAAGGCCAAGAAGCUCCAUCUACCCCACGUUGGCAGCCCCAUUGUGGUUCUCCAAGAUAUUGGCAAAGCAGGGAAGUCGCUCGGCUGGGGACGCAAGCCCGAAACAAUUCGAAUCAUCACCAGGGACUUGAUCCGGGACCUUGUCGUGCCCAAAACAGACCCUUCAGGAGAGUCCCUAAUCAUGAGCCCGUAUGACUUUGACCGCAUCAAGGAAGCAUCCCGUGUCUGGACCAAGGAGGAGCGUGAAGCGAGGCAAGCAGCUCUCAAGGCAGAGCGAGAAGCCAUCAUGGUCUCAGUGAACGAGCGAAAGAAGUCCAUGCAGCAGAAGGAGAUCUUGCGGAAGAAGAACGAGAAACUGAAUGACUUGGAAGAGGAGGCCAAGGAACGAGCGCAGUAUCUGUUGGACCGGGCCGCCAACCUGCGCAUGGAGCAGGAAGAUGAGAUCAAGAGGCUCAAUGAGGUCAUCCUGGAAGCCAAAUGCCAUGCCAUCCGAGAUGCCCAGAUUCUGGAGAAGAAGCAGAUCGAGAAGGAGAUGAAUGAGGAGGAAAUGCGGCUGGCUCGGAUGAUGGAGGUGGAGAGGCAGAAGGCCAGCAAGAUGCAAGAGGAGCUGGAGCAGAAGCGGAAGGAGGAGUUGUUCAGGGGGAGGCGCCACAUCACCGAGCAGAUCGAGAAGAACGAGGAGCUGCGUGCCAUGAAGGCCGAGCAGAGGGACCUGGAGGCCCAAGAUAUGCUCGACUAUCUGGAGCGGCUGCAGCUCGAAGACGAGCAGGAGAUGGAUCGCAAGAGGCUGGAGCAGCUGAGGAUCCAGGCCGAGAUUAAGCGCAUCAACGAUGAGAACGAGAACCGCAAGCAGGAGAGGUUGGAGCAGGAGAGGAUGGCCGACAUGCGGGUGCUGGAGUACCAGCAGCAAAAAAUGGCACGGGAGGCGGAGUUUGAAGCCGAGCAGGAGAGGAUCCGCCGGGAGAAGGAGAUGGAGACAGCCCGUCUGCGGGCUUUGCAGGAGAAGGCCCAAGAUCACCAAGCGGAGCAGGAUGCACUGAGGGCCAAGCGCAACCAGGAGGCGGCCGAGAGGGAGUGGCGCCGGAAGGAGAAGGACGCCACUCAGAAAAAGGUGCAGACGGAAGCCAUGCUGAAACAGAGCCGCCUGGAGCAGGUGGCCAAGAAGGAGCAUGACCUGGCUGUGCAGGUGCAGCGAGACAGGGCCGAGUUCGAAAGGAUUGUCAGAAUCCAACGGGAGCAGAUUGAAAAGGAGCGGAAGGAGCACGAAAAGCGCGUGGCUCUCCAGCUGACCCACGCCGAUGAGAUCCGGCGCCAGGUGCGUGAGCACCAGCAGAAGCAAGUGCAAGAGCGCAUCGCCAUCUUCGAGGAGGGCAAGCGGCUCAAGGAGGAGGAGCGCCGGCGCAGCGAGCGCCUCAGCGAGAUCAAGCGGAAGAAGUUGGACGAACUCCGGGCCGUCGGUCUCCCUGAGAAGUACUGUGCCGAGGUGGAGCGCAAAACAUACAAACAGUCAGCCACGGUGCACUGAAUGGGAAAGGGGUCCCCCCUCUUCGACCCCCGUAGACUCUUAGUCCAUACUCUAGAUUUCUAUUUUCUUACUUUCUCUAAAUAUUUUAUGAAUAGAGCUAUUUCUGGA